GAUUCUAGAAGAAGGGCAGCGAGGCACGCAGCCCUAGGUUUUCCGUUGCUCGCCACACGCCUCUGUCUCUUUCUCUUUCUCUCUCUCUCUUAAAUCAUUUUAUGAAGUAGUUGCUGGCUGCUUUUUAUCUGUAAUUCUUCCUCUGUUAGUGUGAUCAAAUUAAUCAAAAGUUCUUAUCUUUUCGUUGUGGUGUUUUUAUGUGAACAAUCGUCAUGUAUAUAAUGACGGCUUCAAGCACAGCCUCCUCGCUCUUGAGGGCGUCUAGGGCUAGACUACUUUCUUCUUCUUCUUCUUCUGUUAUUUCUAGGACGACGCCGUUACCUCCGCCGUUGCCUAAAUUCUCUGUUACGAACCGAUCUCUUAGCUUCUCCGCCGCCGUUCGAUCUCUCCGUUGCUCUGUCCCUCGCUGGAGUCACGGUGUUGAUUGGCGGUCUCCUGUUAGUCUCCGCUCUCAGAUCAGAACUGCUUCUCCGGUUAUCGAACGCUUCCAGCGGAAGAUCUCUACUAUGGCUGCUGAACAUCCUUUCAAGGGAAUCGUCACACCUCUCCCCAAGCCAGGUGGUGGUGAGUUUGGGAAGUUUUAUAGCCUUCCUGCUCUCAAUGAUCCAAGGAUUGAUAAGCUGCCCUAUUCAAUCAGAAUCCUUCUUGAAUCUGCAAUUCGCAAUUGUGACAACUUCCAAGUGACAAAGCAAGAUGUCGAGAAGAUCAUUGAUUGGGAAAAUUCAGCUCCUAAACAAGUUGAAAUUCCUUUCAAACCUGCUCGUGUUCUGUUGCAGGAUUUUACUGGCGUACCAGCAGUUGUUGACCUCGCUUCCAUGCGUGAUGCUAUGAACAAGCUUGGUGGUGAUUCCAACAAGAUCAAUCCCUUAGUUCCUGUGGAUUUGGUCAUUGAUCAUUCAGUUCAAGUUGAUGUCACGAGAUCAGAAAAUGCCGUGCAGGCAAAUAUGGAGCUUGAAUUUCAGAGGAACAAGGAGAGAUUUGCUUUUCUUAAAUGGGGAUCAAAUGCAUUUCAAAAUAUGCUUGUAGUUCCCCCGGGUUCUGGUAUUGUGCAUCAGGUGAAUCUUGAGUAUCUUGGACGUGUUGUUUUCAACAAAGAUGGCAUUCUCUACCCUGAUAGUGUGGUUGGAACUGAUUCUCAUACAACCAUGAUUGAUGGGCUAGGAGUUGCUGGCUGGGGUGUUGGAGGUAUUGAGGCAGAAGCUGCAAUGCUUGGUCAGCCCAUGAGCAUGGUGUUACCUGGUGUUGUUGGGUUCAAGUUGUCUGGAAAACUGCACAAUGGUGUCACUGCUACUGACUUGGUUUUGACUGUGACUCAAAUGCUGAGGAAGCAUGGUGUUGUUGGCAAAUUUGUUGAGUUUUAUGGGGAAGGUAUGGGUGAGCUAUCAUUAGCUGACAGGGCCACUAUAGCUAACAUGUCACCUGAGUAUGGUGCAACUAUGGGAUUCUUCCCUGUGGAUCAUGUUACCUUACAAUAUCUUAAAUUGACUGGAAGGAGUGAUGAAACUAUUUCAAUGAUUGAGUCAUAUCUUCGUGCAAAUAAAAUGUUUGUUGAUUAUAAUGAGCCUCAACAAGAAAGAGUAUACUCAUCCUAUCUACAAUUGGACCUUGGUGAAGUUGAACCCUGUAUUUCUGGACCAAAGAGACCUCAUGAUCGGGUUCCUCUGAAAGAAAUGAAGGCUGAUUGGCAUUCUUGUUUGGACAACAAAGUCGGAUUUAAGGGUUUUGCUAUACCAAAAGAGGUGCAGGAAAAAGUGGCAAAGUUCUCAUUCCAUGGACAGCCAGCAGAGCUGAAGCAUGGUAGUGUUGUGAUUGCUGCAAUCACAAGCUGCACGAAUACAUCAAAUCCAAGUGUCAUGCUUGGUGCAGGUCUUGUGGCGAAAAAGGCUUGUGAACUUGGUUUACAGGUUAAGCCAUGGAUAAAGACAAGUCUUGCCCCUGGUUCUGGAGUUGUUACAAAAUAUUUACUGCAGAGUGGAUUGCAAAAAUACUUGAAUCAACAAGGCUUCCAUAUUGUUGGGUAUGGCUGCACAACAUGCAUUGGCAAUUCUGGAGAUUUGGAUGAAUCAGUUGCUUCUGCUAUUUCAGAGAAUGACAUUGUUGCAGCAGCUGUGCUUUCUGGGAACCGGAAUUUUGAGGGUCGGGUUCAUGCCUUGACAAGAGCCAACUAUCUUGCUUCACCUCCUUUGGUGGUUGCCUAUGCUCUUGCUGGAACGGUGGACAUUGACUUUGACAAGGAGCCAAUUGGAACAGGAAAGGACGGUAAAGAUGUCUAUUUCAGGGAUAUCUGGCCAUCUACAGAAGAAAUUGCAGAGGCUGUGCAAUCUAGUGUGUUGCCUCAUAUGUUCAGAAGUACUUAUGAGGCUAUCACAAAGGGCAAUCCCAUGUGGAAUCAACUAACAGUACCAGCAACAACCUCAUACUCAUGGGACCCUAACUCUACCUACAUUCACGAUCCCCCGUAUUUCAAGAGCAUGACCUUGAACCCUCCUGGAGCACAUGGAGUGAAGGACGCCUACUGUUUGCUAAACUUCGGUGAUAGUAUCACAACAGAUCACAUCUCCCCAGCAGGAAGCAUCCACAAGGACAGUCCUGCUGCAAAGUUCCUCCUUGAACGAGGGGUGGAUCGCCAGGACUUUAACUCCUAUGGAAGUCGACGUGGGAAUGAUGAAGUGAUGGCUAGGGGAACCUUUGCUAACAUUCGCCUUGUUAAUAAACUUUUGAAUGGGGAAGUGGGACCGAAGACAGUACACAUUCCUACAGGAGAGAAACUCUACGUGUUUGAUGCAGCAUCGAGGUACAUGGCUGCUGGGCAUGACACUAUUGUUUUGGCGGGAGCAGAAUAUGGAAGUGGAAGCUCUAGAGAUUGGGCUGCCAAGGGUCCAAUGUUAUUGGGAGUUAAAGCUGUUAUUGCUAAAAGUUUUGAGAGAAUCCAUCGCAGUAAUUUGGUGGGAAUGGGAAUUAUUCCACUUUGUUUCAAGCCUGGUCAGGAUGCAGAUACUCUAGGGUUGAGUGGCCAUGAGCGGUAUACCAUUGACCUCCCAAGCAAUAUUAGUGAAAUAAAGCCUGGCCAAGAUGUGACUGUCACAACCGAUAAUGGAAAAUCUUUCACCUGCACUGCUCGCUUUGACACCGAGGUGGAAUUGGAAUAUUUCAACCACGGAGGCAUUCUGCCAUAUGUUAUCCGCAACCUGAUGAAAACAGAGUAAAUCGUUGGGCGGUGGCUUUUUUCCAUGCCAUGGGAGUUUUCAAUUGUAAAAUGCGAGAGGAGAAAUAAAAAGUUUUCAAUAAUAGGAAAAGGAAAUCAUCCCUUUCGUAGGAAGGGACAGGAAAUUCUUUUAGCACUUUGUGGUGGAUUAGCGGUAUAAAUAUUUUCUGUGUUGGUCAUAACUCGAGUUCCACUGUGAAUCCAUACAUGGUCAUGGAAGUUUCGUUUAUUUAUGGAAACUGGUGGUGUCCUGUCCUGUCCUGUAAAACCAAUUCUUUAUAACACAAUUCCCUCUUUCUCACGAAUAACAAAUCCAUCUGAGUCUUGAUUGCAAAAUAAGAUUUUCAGCUUUCCCUUUGCUCUAA